AUGACCGAGGCUGAAGACAGAUGUACAGAUCCGGAAAAUAGCAUGGAGAAGAUUUGUAUUUUUGUGCUGUUUUUCCUAGGAGCAGACUUAUGGGAGAUCUCAGCUCAUGAAGAAACAGGAGUGUCAGGGGGGACAAUCACGAUAAAAUGCUCUCAUUCCUACGCAUCUACGAAUGUCAAAUAUUUCUGCAAAGGAGCAUGUAAUGACGAAGACGUCUUAAUAAGCAGCAGGAAAUCUAAGACCGCUUCAGAUAAGAGAUUCACUAUUAAAGAUGAAGGAAACACUUUCUAUGUGACCAUCUCUCAUCUGACAGUGGGUGACUCUGGAACUUACUGGUGUGGAAUAGAGAGAAUGGGAGUGGACACAUACAACAAAGUAGUCCUCAGAGUUAAAGAAGGAAUCAAAAAGCACAGAAACAUUAAUGUGCCUCACUCAGUCUCAAAUGAGACGGAUAAUAUAUCUUCAAAGAAGCUGGUGUAUAUCGGAGCAAGUCUUGGUAUGGUUGUGCUUGCUUUGGCGAUUCUUCUUCUGAUAUUCUUCAGACGUCGAAACAAAAUCACCAGCCCAUCCUCAGAAAAGGUUGAGGACACAGUCUAUGCAGCCCCCUCCAAUAUGAAACAGGAUGGACACAUAACCACUUCCUCUUCAGUCUCCAAAGAGGAUCAACAUACAGCUGAUACCAGCAGAGAUGUUGCAAACAAUAUUUACUCCAAUAUCACCAUUUCCUCCAAGCCUCAAGUCGAACCAGACGGCCUCUUUUACGCCACUGUUAGCUUCAACAGACACACGGACUGCAGUACUAUGACACCUCGCCUUACAGAGGUUACAUACUCCGCCAUUGAAUGUAAAUCUAUAGACGCAUCGAAGCACAGCUAUUGUAAAACAGAAUCUGGACUUGAUCAGAAAAAUAACAAUAACAGAAAUAAUAAUCAAGUAAACUGGACUGACGCUGAAGUUGGACUGACAAUGAGAAUACUUCUGCAAUUCAUCCUUUUCUUUAUGACAGCAGGUUGUGUGUUUCUACUGAGUGUAUCUGGAAACAGAGAAAGACCUGCAAUCAUUUGUAAAAACGCACCGCUGCAGCUCACAGCCUAUCAUGGAGGCUCUGUUAGCAUCUCAUGCAAGUAUUCAAGGGCUGAAAGAGACGGCAUCAGGAGCUUCUGCAGGAACAACAAAAGCAAUCACUGCAUUAAUCUGAUAUCAACAAACAAGGCAGAAUUAGCUAGGAAAGACAAAUAUUCUCUUAAAGACAACAAAACGAGAGAAGAGUACAAUGUGACCCUUUCUGAACUGACCUCUGAAGAUACUGGAAGAUACCGCUGUGCAGUGGAGAGAUCUGAGGGAAACACCACCACAUGUUUAACAGAGAUCCAGCUGCAGAUUUCAACCUGGGAUCAAAUCCCAUCAAAGAACAUGACUGCAAACACUGGAGGAUCUGCCUAUAUUCACUGUGACUAUCCUGAAAUACACAAGACCAAUGAGAAAUUUCUGUGCAAAGGGAAGAGCCCUUUCACCUGUGAGAAGCUGAUACAAACAACAAAAGAGGACAAAGAUGAUGAUAAAGGCAGGUUUCUUAUACGAGACAACAGAGGAAAGAAUUCUUUCUACGUGCACAUCAGUAAUGUCAGCACAGCCGACUCUGGAGUGUACUGGUGCGGCUCUGACGGGACCUGGCAGCAGACUGGAUUCAACAACACACGUCUGGUUGUGGAAAAUCGCAGGCCAGCUUCUAAGCGAAACAAUCAACCUCAGAGUGAAGAGAGCAACAAGGAAGGCUCAGCAGAGGAAGAGUCUUCAGAGGACGAGGAAAACUCUCCAGACAAAGCAGGUGUGAUUGGCGGUGUGGUUGGGGGUCUGGUGGUGUUACUGAUACUGGUGGUUGUACUUGUACUGUUCAGAAGCAAACUUCCCUGUACACAAGAUUACAUGGAAAAUGGAGUAAUGUCUUUUUUCUCAGUUUGUUUUGCUGCCAGUGGAUCAUCAGAGCAGGGGAAAAACACUGGACAGAUUACAGAGGGACAGCCCGACUAUGAGGAGAUAGAGAAUCAGCAGGUGACUUCGGCAGGUGUAGUGCAGACUGUUUAUUCUACCCUCAACCCCCCUGCAGACCAGCUCCACUAUGCCAGCAUCAACUUCCAGAAGGACUCUGUCAGUGUUUCCACAGGCCAGGCUGCCCUUCCUGAUGUGAAUAAAAAUGUCUCCUCAGAUUGUGACUACUCAUCUGUUGUGACUCGGGGUUCUGCUCGUCCUGCAGAAGCAGAGAGGACCGUGUACUCCACUGUGUCAAUACCAGAGGAACCAUGAGAAAGACCGCUUUAAACAUGUCAUUUACUUUAGAGGUAGAGAGGAACAUGCUGAGAAGAAUUUGCAUUUUCUAAAACCCUGUAAUCAGCCUUUUCAACACUUUAAAAUGUUUUUCUACAACCUCUGUUUUGAUUUUAUGAUUGACAAGAGUAAUUCAUAAAAACUGGUUUGACUGACCUGGCUGAUAAACAGGCAAUUUGUAGUUGUUUAUCAGGAGGCAGAAAACUCACCUCAGCUCCAGCUCUUUGCCUGUUACAGACCAAACGUUAGCUAAAGACAGCACUGCAGACACCUAGGGGCCUCGAAACUCUGCCACUAAUGGGUGACAUCACUGAGAUUAGAUGCAGUCAUACAGUCUAGUUUGAAGACGACUGCUUUCUAGGGCGUCUGGGGAAUAAAUGUAGGUACAUGAUUAUCCAGUUUGUAGCUAUCAAGUGUAGUAUGUGUGGAUGUUUAUGAGUGUGCUCUGAAUGUGAUUCUAAAAUCCUGUUUAAGAAUACCACUUUGUAUGGUUUACAUCAGUAAGUCUUUAAUUGUAGUAACUUGUGACUGACUGGUUGGAUGAUGCUCUAAUUAAAACAAGUUUUUAAGCUCCUUUAGGGAGUUUUGGCUGGUUAUUAAUAUGGGUCACAAAUAUGUUACUGAUAUGAACAUGGCUGAUACUUGCUGAGCCACAUCAACACAAAUUUUAGAGUUUCAUUUUGGUACCACUCAUUAAUGUCAGAGCCAAAGAUGAUGAACCUUCUCCUCAUUCUCAGUUAAGUGAGCUGUCAGUUGGGUAGUAAUCCCAUUAAUUUUCUUCAUUUUGGAAUUUAUCAUUAGCCAUAAGAUCAGCAGUAUCCAAGUAAGACUUAUCAUGGGCUACCAGAGUGUUAAAUGAUGGUAUAUGC